AUGGAGGAUCUGCCACAGAAACGACGCAGAAAGACGAAACUCGAUGAAGAUGACAGUCAAGUGAACAUAAAAACCACAUAUGAAACCGAUCCGACUGUGCUCAUGCGCCUGAGACCGCCACAGCCGUCGGUAGCCGAUUUCGGACCCAUCAAAGAGCCACCAAAACGAACAGGCCCAAUCACUGAAGGAGAGCCAAUUGCCGCAGUUACAGGUACGGGGACGCCCGUAUCGGGAUCCAUGACAAUGGAGGAGAUCCCAUUGAACAAACGAGGGUUCCGGUACACGACAUGCUUACCCAACACUCAGCUAGAUGACAUCAUGUACUCUGUGGGCGAAUCCAAGCCAUAUUCCGUGUGUAUGAGCGCGUCUGACCGGUCGGGAAUGUGUCACGUGGAUGAGAACACCGUCACGUGCGACGGUGGAUGGAGAAGCGCGCGUGCCACAGCGUGUUUGAGAGAGGGCAAGUGGUACCAUGAAGUCAAGGUCGGAGACAGUGGCCACGUGAGUGAGAAUGGCACACCUGUUCCUGCUGGUCACGUGCGACUGGGAUACAGUCGUCGGGAGUCCAACCUCGAGACUCCUGUGGGUUUCGAUGGCUAUGGAUAUGGACUCCGGGACGUGAAUGGCGACCGUGUUCAUGUGAGUCGAACCAAGUCGUUCAUGUCCAGUGGGUUCAAGGCCGGCGACGUCAUUGGGCUUCUGUUAAAUCUCCCCAACCGUGUAGAGCAUGAUUAUACCAAGCUGAAGCGAGAUCGAUACCCCAUCAAGUACAAGAACCAGCUCUUCUUCGAGAUGCUUGAGUAUAUCCCCACGAAACAGAUGGAAAACUGGAUGAACCCCAAGAAGGGCGGUGUUUCUGCCAUUGCCACAGCUGGUGGAGCUGAUCCUGUGGCCAAUCACAUUCUGGACGGCCAGUCAUCCUGGGAACCAGCAGUAUUGGAGGGAUCUAGCAUUGAGGUGUACAAGAACGGCGAGUAUAUGGGCACCAUGUUUUCGGAACUGCUUGAUUAUCGACCUCCUUACUCCAAGUUCAAUGCUUCCUAUUAUGCAGGAGAUGCUGAUGACGGUCUGCUGGGCUACUAUCCCACAGUCAGUUGUUUCAAGGGAGGCAAGGUGGAAUGUGUGUUCGACAAGAACGAGUUUUCUGCCGUUCACGAAGAUGUCAAGAAGGGCUUGGAAACUGGAGAGAUCAAGUCUGUUGGCGAGCGGUUCGAUGAGAUGAUCGCGGAGGAUGUGGUGUACGAUAUCUUGGACCAGGUGGGAUUCGAGUUGCUCACGGGUAAAUUGUAG